GCAUCGUCCAUUUCUGUUCCCCCUCUCUCUCUCUCUCUCUCCCUCUCCCUCGUAUCCGUUUCUCUCUCUACAACUAGGGCUCGAAACCUCCAAAAACACGAACAAAAUCAUUCAAUUUCUCUACGAUCACAUCAUUUUCUUCUUCAAUUCCUCUAACUUUCUCGCAAAAAUAGUGGCUUUUUUAUUGCCCACGAUUUUGCCUCGAAUCCUCAGAAAAGCCAUUGCUAUAUAUUCGAUCUGUAGCUUCGCAAUUGUGUAUAAUUGUUAUUUCAUAGAUUCGUUACGUUUUUUUCUUUGGUUCGAAGAUCCGAUCGAAUUGUUAGGGUUUUGGUUCGAUCGUUGUGAUGAAUAAUACGCGAGGACGAUAUCCGCCUGGGAUGGGCGGCGGAGGAGGUGGCCGUGGUGGUGGUGGCAUGCAUGCUAACCCUAACUUUCAACCUAGGAACUUUCAGCAACAGUAUGUGCAAAGGAGUCCAAUGCAGAACCAUUUACAGUACCAGAACCAACAACAUCAUCAUCAUCAGCAACAACAACAACAGCAGUGGCUGAGGAGGAAUCAAUUGGGAGCCGAGUCGAGUGUUGUCGAAGUUGAGAAGACUGUACAGUCGGAGGCUGUCGAUUCUAGUUCACAAGAUUGGAAGGCACGGUUAAAGAUUCCUCCACCUGAUACUCGAUACAUGACUGAGGAUGUGACAGCCACUAAAGGAAAUGAGUUCGAAGACUAUUUUUUAAAACGUGAACUACUGAUGGGAAUAUAUGAGAAGGGGUUUGAAAGACCGUCUCCUAUUCAGGAGGAAAGUAUUCCUAUUGCACUAACUGGAAGCGAUAUUCUUGCAAGGGCCAAAAAUGGAACUGGAAAAACUGCUGCCUUUUGUAUUCCUGCCUUGGAAAAAAUUGAUCAAGAUAACAAUGUUAUCCAAGUCGUCAUACUUGUUCCAACACGAGAAUUGGCUCUACAGACAUCCCAAGUUUGUAAGGAACUUGGGAAGCACUUACAAAUUCAAGUCAUGGUUACCACCGGUGGAACCAGCUUAAAAGAUGACAUAAUGCGUUUGUAUCAACCAGUUCAUCUACUCGUUGGAACUCCUGGAAGAAUACUAGAUCUUGCUAAAAAAGGUGUUUGUGUUUUGAAAGAUUGUGCAAUGCUCGUCAUGGAUGAGGCUGAUAAACUGUUGUCUCCAGAGUUCCAACCAUCAGUGGAGCAGCUGAUUCGAUUUCUACCUGCAAAUCGUCAAAUAUUGAUGUUUUCAGCCACAUUUCCGGUUACUGUUAAAGACUUUAAAGAUAGAUAUUUACAGAAAUCCUAUAUUAUUAACCUUAUGGAUGAGCUUACUCUGAAGGGUAUAACACAAUUCUAUGCUUUUGUUGAAGAAAGACAGAAAGUCCACUGCCUAAACACUCUUUUCUCAAAGCUUCAAAUCAACCAAUCAAUCAUUUUCUGCAAUUCUGUGAAUCGGGUAGAACUUCUGGCCAAGAAAAUUACAGAGCUUGGUUAUUCUUGCUUCUACAUUCAUGCAAAGAUGCUUCAAGAUCAUCGCAACAGAGUAUUUCAUGAUUUCCGUAAUGGUGCAUGCAGGAAUCUUGUCUGUACAGAUCUAUUUACAAGGGGGAUAGACAUUCAAGCAGUCAAUGUCGUGAUUAAUUUUGAUUUUCCUAAGAAUGCAGAAACUUAUCUUCACAGGGUUGGUCGAUCAGGGAGGUUUGGACACCUCGGGUUAGCGGUGAAUUUGAUCACUUAUGAGGAUCGUUUCAACUUGUAUAGGAUUGAGCAAGAACUCGGAACUGAGAUAAAGCAAAUUCCUCCACAUAUAGAUCAGGGUAUUUACUGCCGGUGAUCUGUGGUGGAGUCCCACUAUAUGGAUCAAUGGUGGCAAUGAUGGACUGACGGGGAUGAUGGUUCUAGAUGUGGUACAUAACUCAGCAUCCGAGGGUUCAUUAUGGAAACAAGACCGGUUUGUGGAAGACUUUGGUUUGGUUUGACAGAUACAAAACCCCUUUUGAGUGCUUUUCUAAGAUUUCUGGCUUUUUUAUAGUCCUGAAACUUAUCCAGUACCCAGAUUGAUGCUGGGUUCACUUAACAGUUGCCUUUGAUUUCAUUAACCAUCUCGUCUGGUAAUGCUUGCACUUAGACUAGUUUGUCGCCAUUGAAUGGUAUGUUUGCUUCGUGCAUGAAAUCUAUGCUCUUCUUCCUUAGUUAUUUAGUUUCAUUUCAUCCCUGUAUUUUAAUAAUCAAAGCAUCAAUUUGUCGUUAUCUCUUAACCGUUAAGGGAUGAUUUCUAUCAUUAAACAUGUUUAGGCGGUGAAGAGGCGGGAAGUUGGGGUAUUUGAAUUUUUACCA